CAGUGGACGGAUGUGAUUGGUGCAGACUUGGUAUAUCCAAAUAUCAAAUACCUAAAAUGGUUGGAUUUUGAAGAGGAAAUGGCAGCGAUUUCCCUGACAGUUGCUCUCUGGGCUUCAUCUCCAACUCCAACUUCGAGAAAUCUAAGGAGGCAGGGACUGAACAGUUCAUCCUUCAUCCAUCCCUGCAACGCCCUUUCUUCUCAUACUUGGUCUUUGUCUUGCUUGCAAUUGGCUUCACCUCUUUCUGCAACUCAAUUAACUCACCGCCAUGGCUGGGCUGUUAUGGGUUGCCUUCCUUCUUCCUCGGAGAGUAGUACAAGAGGCUUCACCAAGCUCUAUGUUAGUGGACUUUCAUUCAGAACCACUGAGGAUAGCUUGCGAAAUGCUUUUCAGAAUUUUGGCAAUCUUGUUGAAGUCAAACUUGUGAUGGAUAGAAUAGCAAAUAGACCAAGGGGCUUUGCUUUCCUUCGUUAUGCAACCGAGGAGGAAUCUAAGAAAGCCAUUGAGGGGAUGCAUGGAAAGUUUCUGGAUGGCAGGGUCAUAUUUGUGGAAAUUGCAAAGCCAAGAUCAGAGCUGCGCCAAAAGCAAACUCCUAGACAAUAUUGAGCUGCUUGGUUUUCGCUGUUUACUUGAGCCUGUCUUGGUUAUGAGCAUUGAAAUGACUUUCUUUUCGUGCAUCCACUCAGAUAUUUUAAUAGGUGAAACUAUGGCUAUGUGCAAGGGAUUAUAGGGGCAAUCUCGGAAGGUACCAAUAACCUCUUGAUGAAAAGUGAUAACCAUGAAGUCAUUGCAUGUCUACAAGACACAUCAGGGACGUUGGCUCUAUCUGUCGCCAAACAUUUGACACUAUCUUCUUACUUAGACCUGUAUUCUUUUCAUUAUGUCUUAAGGGAUGCUAAUUCUGUUGCUGACUCACUACAUUGCUUUAUUUAAUAAAAGAUAAAAUGAUUUGAUCCAA